CCAAUGUCUGUUCUCGAUUUGGGGGAUGGGUGACAAGAGAUGACUUGUUUUGCGCUGAACAGCGGGGGGGCGCUAAAGACAUCUUUUAAACAUUUUAAUAGGUCAGAGGUCUUUCAUCCAACGUUAUCAAAUUUGCACUUUUUGAAAUGAAAACAACCAAAACAGCUAAUGUUUCGUCUUUGUCAUCUGCAGGAGAGUAAACAAAAAAUGAUGUGUUUAAAGGAUGUGGGAUCAGAUUGCUUCGUUCGAGUCAGAAAGCGAGACUUCGAGAGAUUGGAGGCAGAAGUCAGAACACUACGAGAGUUUAUGCCAAAAGUCAUAAAUAGUGACUUUAUUGAUACUAUCCAUAAAGGACGGUCUCUGGACGCCUUUAAAGAACGCAGUGAACGUGAGCAGCAGCAACAGAGAGACGAUUGUCUGCACAUCCGCUCCAGACUAGAAGCUGCACUCAGCGACUGUCAAAGAGAGAGACAGGAGAAGCUGGUUCUAAAGCAGCAGUUGUGGGAGUGCAGAGAGCAGCUGCAACAACAGAAAGACUUUUGUACUGAGGUGGGCGCUGCGUCUUGCACCCUGCUCUGGAGUGCAUCCCAAAGGGAGGAAGCAAUCAGAGACAUAUUGACUGAUGGUAAACUGGAGCCCUUCCUGAGCAUAGCAGGUCAAACCUUGGAGUCUUUCAUCAAGUCUCUGGAUGAAGAUGCAAAGCCACAACAGAGUUACAACUCACAUGAGCAUCAUUUCGUUCUGGCGCUGGCUGGUGUUGUUACCAAUGUAGCUGCUGUGUCUUGUGGACGAGACUUCCUAUCCUCUUCUGCCAACAUCCUGUUGGGUACUCUGAUGCGGCUACUGGGACUAAUGAAACCAGGAGUAUUUCCAAAACUCAAAGUAUUGAUGCUAAUGGCUUUAUAUAAUAUCACUAUCAGUGUGAACGGACUGAAGCUUAUAAGUGAGAGUCCUGGACUUCUUCCUCUUCUGUGCACCCUUCUGGAAGACCCUGACCCAGAAGUGUGUCUGCAGUCAUUGAGGCUCCUACAGUCUUUACUGCUAGAGAGAGACAUCAUGUCACACAUGACCACUGAUUUUCUCUGCUCUUUCCCACUCAAUCGUAUCCACCAUCUAGCUUCAAGCUGCCACCCCGCUCUCAAACAAACAGCCCAGGAAACGCUUGAAGAUCUGGCUAGCUUUACCAACACCCAGGCUAAAGUCACAGAGAAGGAGCAGUGAAGCCCAGGCUUUCAUACUUUCUUAAAUAUUGAGAGGUCUAGGUUUAAUCUAGGUCCAGCAAACCACAUACUAGUUCUAGUUCUGAGACUUUGCCAUGUUCUAGGCAUAAUCAUCUAAAGAAACCUAAGAAGACAGUUCCAAACGUAAGUCAUGCCGAAGCAAGUGUUAAAGUUUUUUGUACACAAAGAAUUAUUUUUCAUUUAACAGUUUAGCUUUUUUAUAAAAAAAAAAAAACAUAUAUAUAUAUAUAUACAAAAAACUUUAACACUUGCUUCGGCAAAGAAUUAUUUUUCAUUUGACAGUUUAGCUUUUUUAUAUUUUAUAUAUAUAUAUAUAUAUAUAUAUAUAUAUAUAUUAUUGUUUAGUCAUCUUUUCCUUUGUGAGGCCCUGGAGAUGUGUAAAAAAAAUACUUCUACUUCUUUUUUGUGACAUAAAUGCUGACCACUACUGUAGAUAGAUGUGUUUUUUUGUUUUUUGUUUUUUAUUCCAGAGAAGCUGUGCCACAUGCUUACAUAAUCUUUGUGCCCUUUACAUCACUUUAUACACUGAAUGAAAUUAUCAUCACAUCAGUGUGUGCUGCCCUUUCUAGCACCAUCAGCCAUCUCUGUUGUCCAGCAUACAUGGAAUUAUAAACUUAGUAUCACUGUUAGGACAGCAGCAGAAUAAUCAGCAGAUAGGGGUCAGAUGUCACAGAACCAAUUGAAGUACAGCCCUUUGAAAGUCAGCAGCAAUAAUGUUAGACAUAAUUGUGCCCAGUGUAUCUAAAAAGUUAAAUGCAGAGCUUUUUAAGGUUGUACUUUAGGUUGAAUUUUCCCCCCAAUGUUUGACAAAUAGAAUGUUCUAGUUUUGAUUUAUUGUUUUGAUUGUGGUCUUUCUCCUUUUCCCCUUUACUGUUCAUCUGUAUAUUUAUUUUGCAACAAUAUGUUUCAGGUUAUACAAUUAAAAGAUUAUAAAAGGUU